AUGGUGAAACAGUUCUCAGGAAAGAGCUACGCGCUCGACGUGGCCAGCUUGGAAAACAUGGAGUCGUUUCUCGACGCCAGCGGAGUGACAGACGCCACACACCGCCACCUGGCUCUGUCAGCAAAGGACACCCUGACACUGACACUGGAGGGUGACAAGGUGACGGACGUGACCCAGCUGGGCGAGUACAAACACGUGCUGACAUACCGCCUGGGGGAGGAGUUCACAGAGGACACGGCCGGCCGCAAGAGGAAGAGCACCGUCACCCAGAGGGGCGCCGACACACUGGUCAAGGUCGAGAAGUACGAAGACGGCAAGACCGUCACCAUAGAGAAGACCUUCAGCGCCGACAAGAUGGUCGCGACCCUCACUGUCGGCAACGUCACAGCAAAAAGGAUCUACAAGGCAGUUUGAACUCUGUUUUUGAAAAUACAGUGUGUUUACUGUGUAUACUGUGAAAAAUUAUCAUCGG